GCCACGACGCGAGCCAGAAAGCUAAAAACGCUGAGCAGAAAACAUCUCCAUCCCUCGCCUCCACCUCCUAAAACCCUAAUCGAUGCCCCUCCAUGAUCAAGCACUCCCUUCUCCCUCCUCUACCCUUCGCCCGUCCCUCUCGAUCUCUCGCUCGCCGCUGGCCGAUCCACUCCGCCCCUGUCCUCCUCCAGUGGCGAGCCAACAGCCAAACCGGCAUCAGUCGAACCGAGCUCGUCGAUCGGAUAUGCCGUAUCCUCACCCUCCAGCGCUUCCACGCCAUACCCAAGCUCCCCUUCGACUUCUCCGAUGGCAUCCUCGACGACGUCCUCGUGAGGCUGCGUCUCGAUCCCGAUGCUUGCCUGGGAUUCUUUAGGAUCGCACUGAGGCAGCAGUACUUCAGGCCCAAUGUCGAAUCUUACUGCAGAAUCGUCCACAUCUUGUCUCGAGCGCGCAUGUUCGAUGACGCGAGAGCAUUCUUGAAGGAUCUGGUGGCGAUGACGAGCUCCGCUAGCUCAAAGACGUCGGUCUCUUUUGUAUUCGAUACGCUAGUUAAGGUUCACAAGGAGUUCUCUUUCUCACCGACGGUAUUCGACAUGCUCUUGAAGGCUUACGCGGAGGGUGGAUUGAAAAAGGAGGCUCUUUUCUUGUUUGACAAUAUGGGCAAGUGUGGAUGUAAGCCUAGUCUGAGGUCUUGCAACAGUCUCUUGAGUACUUUGGUAAGAGGUGGGGAGAGCGACACGGCAGCUCUUGUAUAUGAACAGAUGGUUAGGACUGGGACUGGGAUUCUGCCUGAUGUUUUCACGGUGUCCAUAAUGGUUAACGCUUACUGCAAGGACGGAAAUCUACAGAAGGCUUCGAAUUUUGUAAUGCAGAUGGAAAGGAAAGGCUUUGAAGUUAAUCUUGUGACUUACCAUUCACUGAUCAAUGGGUAUUGCAGUUUGGGCCAGACAGAAGCUGCCUUAAAGGUGUUUGAUCUGAUGUCUCAAAGAGGCAUCGUUCCGAAUGUCAUUUCAUAUACUUUGUUGAUUAAGGGUUACUGCAAGGAAGGUAAGGUACGAGAAGCUGAGAAAAUACUGGAGAACAUGAAAGAGAUGCAUGGUUUAAGUGCCGACGAAGUUGCUUAUGGUGUGCUGAUUAAUGCCUUUUGUCAGACAGGGAAAAUGGAUGAUGCAAUUAGGAUCAGGAAUAAAAUGUUGAGUAUGGGGCUAAAAGAGAACUUAUUUAUAUGUAACACAAUGAUCAAUGGGUAUUGCAAGUUGGGAAGAAUUGGUGAAGCAGAGAAAUUGAUUAAUGAUAUGGAACUUGGGUACCCGAAACCAGAUUCCUACAGUUAUAAUGCCCUGUUAGAUGGUUAUUGCAAGAAAGGUCUUAUGAGGAACGCAUUUAAGAUUUGUGAUAGGAUGAUUAUGAAAGGAAUCAGAGUAACAGUUCUUACCUACAACACACUCUUCAAAGGCUUUUGUCUGGCAGGCGCCAUGGACGAUGCCCUUAACUUGUGGUUUCUAAUGCUGAAAAGGGGUGUAGCACCAAACGAGAUUAGCUGCAGUACACUAUUGGAUGGGUUCUUCAAAUCAGGCAAUUUUGAACAAGCCUUAAAGCUUUGGAAUGAUAUGCUAGCUAGGGGUUUUACGAAGAACCAAAUAAUAUUCAACACGGUGAUAAAUGGCUUUUGUAAAACAGGGAAGAUUGAUGAAGCCGAGAAGAUUAUUCAAAAGAUGAAAGACUGUGGAUGUUUACCCGAUAGCAUUACAUACAGAACACUGAUUGAUGGUUAUUGUAGAGUUGGUGAUAUGGGGAAGGCUUUUAAGGUCAGGGAUGAGAUGGAAACUUUAGGAUUUUCUCCUUCCAUUGAAAUGUAUAAUUCUCUCAUUUCUGGAAACUUUGUGGCUAACACUUCUGACAGGGUUGAUGAUCUUCUAAAGGAUGUGCAUGAGAAAGGAUUGGUUCCCAACAUAGCCACUUAUGGGGCUCUGAUUGCUGGCUGGUGUAAAGAAGGAAUGAUGGAUAAGGCUUUUGAUGCUUAUCUUGAAAUGGUUGGUAAGGGCUUACCACCAAAUAUAUUCAUAUGCAGUGCCCUUGUCAGUGGACUUUAUAGACAAGGUAAGAUUGAUGAGGCAAAUGUCCUAUUGGCAAAAAUUGUGGACAUUAGAAUGCUUCCAGAUUUUGAAGCUUCUGAUAAGUUGCUGAAUCAUGAUGCAAAAAGUACCUAUAUGCACAGAAUCACAGAUCUCUUUACUGAGUAUGCAAACGAAAAUCUGCAGCCUAACAAUGUCAUUUGUAAUGUCAUUAUCUGUGGACUUUGCAGGUCAGGAAAGGUUUUGGAAGUGAAACAGUUUUACUCAAACUUGUUGCAGAGGGGGUUAAUCCCUGACCAUUUUACUUACUGUUCUCUUAUUCAUGGCUAUUCAUCAGCUGGCAGCGUAGAUGAAGCUUUUGAGUUAAGGGAUGAAAUGCUCAGAAAGGGUCUUGUUCCAAAUAUUGUGACGUACAAUGCCCUCAUAAAUGGUCUUUGCAAGUCUGGAAACUUAGAUAGAGCAGUUAAUCUUUUCAACAAGCUGCAGUCGAAAGGUUUAGCUCCUAAUGUUAUUACUUAUAAUACAUUGAUCGAUGGAUACUGCAAAGUUGGUGAACUAACGGAAGCUUUUAAGUUUAAACAGAAAAUGAUAGAGGCAGGAAUUUGUCCUAAUGUUGUUACAUAUUCUACAUUAAUCAAUGGUCUGUGUUGCCAAGGGGAGAUGGAAGCAUCCAUCAAGAUUCUAGAUCAAAUGAUUGAGAGUGGUGUAGACCCUGAUUAUGUGACAUAUAGUACACUGAUCCAUGGUUAUAUCAAACGUGGGGAAACGCAGCAGGUUACAAAACUAUAUGAAGAGAUGCAUAUUCGUGGGCUUUUACCAGUGUUUGCUUUCAGAGAAAACACGAGUCCAGCAUCUGUAACUGUAAACAAAAUGCAGCUCGACUGCUCUAGACCAUUGGAAUGUAUCGACACAUUUUGAAAUUAUUUCAACUGUUGGAAGGAUGAAGCCAAGCUUGCUCCAGAUUCUGCAUCUGCAAUAGUCGGAAGGUGCUGCCUCAUGCUAUUCACAUCCGGAAUUACAGCUGCAACAUAACAAGUGCAGAUGUGCUAAAACAUUCAUUUCAUGUUCUUAAAAUGUUUUAUUCUGUUCCAUGACCUUCAGUUGAGCCAGGAGACUUUGGGUUCACUCUUUUUUAAAUGCGUACACAGCCCACAGUAUAAUGGUUGCAUUGGUCCUAAAAAUUAUGAGGUACUCCACCGAGUUAAUUGUUUGCACAUGUUGCAUAUACUGGUGUAUUAUUCAUUCCUUUUCUUGUUGCAAUUUUUAUAAGCGAUGCAGCUAGAAUUUCUUUGUUUCAGUGUAAAAUUAUUUCACUCAAGGCAAGGAGUUGGUAGUGCACAGACAAUAUGAUGAAAUUAUAUAUACUCCCUUCAGGGAUUUUGGAGCUGGAAGCUUACAUGGCUUGUAGUAUGAGUGAAACAUUUUGGUGUAUCUCCAUAUCUUGGGACUCCAUCUCUGAACUUUCGUGUUCUUGCUGCUACUUGAAACAUCACAAUAGAUUGAUAGAGCCAUCAGGGACAGUUAACCCUGCGAUGAAUGUGGCAUCCAAAGAAUUCAAUCUAUUUGACUUUAUUUUACUGGAGGUAAGUACAGC